AUGGAAACACGACGUAAGUCAAAAACUCGACCUUUCUCCGCCAGCGUCAUAGAUACGAAGAAAAAAGAGGCCGCGAAAGUGGCUCGAUUUACAUCUGGUACGCCGAAAAAACUUAACAAUUGUAAACACGAUCAGCUGUCGGAAGAGCUAAAGGAUACAAAUGAAAGAGUGAAGAGUCUUGAAUUAUUAAACGUGCAACUUGUCGAUGAUAAUAAAGCGCUCAAGAAAAAAUCUUGUCAAUUAGAAGAGGAAAAACAAAGGACAGACUUGAAGUUGCUCGAAUGCGAGAAGUUCGUUAAUAGACUCGCAAAAGAGUAUCAUAAUAAAGAGGCAGAAUUAAAAUCUGUGAAAGAAAGCGCACAAACUGCACUAGCUGAGUUAAACAAAGAGAGAAAUGAAAGAAAGAACUUAUCUAUCCAACGGGAAAAAGAUACUACAGUGAUUCAAGACUUGCAAAGACAAGUUAAGGAAAUGGAGAUGAUAUUAAAAAGAAAGCACCCGGAUUCUGUGUCGGCACUCAUCGUUGCGUCAAAGUCGUCAACAGUUGAAGAUAAUAAAAAGAAGCUAUUAGAGGAACGUAUAGCUCGAUUAGAAAAAGAACUAAAAGACAAAGAAAGUCAUUUCCACGAGGUUCUGAUGACGCUACAAGAAAAAUUUACCGAUAUGAAGCAAAAAUAUGAAACGCAUAUAGUUGAUGUCGAGAGACAAUUAAUGGAAGAUAAGAGAGUUAAUAUUGACCUAAAGAAUAAAAUUAAUAAAGCUAAUUUGCAUGACAUCGCAAUACAAACUGCGCCUAAAAAUCAGCACACAGUAGCCACCCAGACAUUUUUGAAGGCCGAUAGAGCAUCAUCAGCAGUUAGUAGACUAACGCAAAAUUCAGCUUUGAUAUUUAACCGAUUGAAGGAAGAUAGCUAUCUCAUAGCCACAAUAAAGGGUUUGCAGACGGAGCUAACGGCCAAACAACGCAUCAUUUCUAAAAUUAAUCGCGAAUCUGAAGAACUGAAGAAGAACCUUCGAAAUUUGCAGAAAGAAAAAGAAAUUCUGUUGAAUUUAAACCCACAAAAAAGAAAUGGGUGCAGACCAGCUAAGUCGGCGGAAAGUUUAGCGUUAAAGGUUACCCAUGAAAUGGAAGCGGAACUAUCUGAAACGCGGAAGCAAAAGGAAACUCUUAUGGAAGAACGAGUGGGGUUACUUGCUUCUCUAAAGAGAACGAAUGAAGAUCUCAUUAUACUUAAGAAAAAACGCAUUCAGGACCUACACACUUUACAACUGGCCCACGAAAAGGAGUUGAUGCAGAUGAAUAUGCAAAUCUAUCCUCUGCAAGAAGAGAUCAAGCUAUUGAAUCGAACUGUGGAAAUAUUGCAGGAACGGGUGAGAUCUGCCGACGAUAAGCUGCUUAAAUACCAAGCUGGUUUACGAAACGAAGUGAACGCCGGUGGUGAUAAUUUUGGGGCAAAGGGGAAUGGCCGUUAG